AUUCUCUACAUGUCCCCACUCGGCGCAUUGAAGAAAUUAACUUCUAGAACGCUAACCCCGAUCACCAAUCGCCGCACCUUUUUUAAAUUCUCAGAAUCAUCAGCUUCCCUCAUAAACUAGCCGUUACCCUUUGCUUCUUUCUCUGUCUUUUUGCUUUUCUUCCAUGGCUGCUUCAGUCGACAGUCCAUCUCCACCUCUUCUCACCAAGGAGUCCACAAGCCUGAUGGCUUCCUCAUCUCCUCUCUUCAGUCCUGCUUCAGACAAGCGUUUUUGGAGCAUCCUACGUACCCGGGUCGAUGCGCUCAUUGAUGAUCGAAAUGCCAAGAUCUACGCCUUCCAAACACAGAUUCAGAAUUCAGGAAAAUCCAACAGAGCUAAGCGAUUGAAGGAGGAUUCGUUGCUUUUACUUAGAGGGUUUGAUUCCAUCUCACAAACACUCUCUCAGCUAUCUAACAAUCUCGAUAAUGCUCUUCAGGGAGAUCGAGAGCUAGCUAAACCUCCCACAUUGACCGAUAUAUUACAUAGUAACCUGAAGAAUUCAGAGACUAAAGAGGAAGAUCCAAAACAAAAACGAGUCGAAGAAGGCGGUAAAAUAGGUUUGAAGAGGAAAUUUGAUUCCAGUCAAUGCUCAGAUGAGAAUAAAGGAGAUGAGUCGCAAAAGGAAACUGAGCAAAGCCCCAAAAACAAGAAGAUGAUGAAGAAAGCAAAAAAUCUUGCAAUUUCCAUGGCUACCAAAGCGGCUUCACUUGCCAGAGAGUUGAAGUCCAUAAAAUCUGAUUUAUGUUUUAUGCAAGAGCACUGCGGUCUGCUUGAGGAAGAAAACAGAAGGCUUCGAGAUGGAUUCACUACGGGGAUCCGACCUGAGGAAGAUGAUCUGGUGAGGCUUCAAUUGGAAGCACUGCUUGCAGAGAAAUCCAGGCUAGCUAAUGAAAAUGCAAAUCUAGUCAGGGAAAAUCAGUGCCUUCACCAGCUUCUGGAGUACCAUCAAAUGACUUCCCAAGAUCUAUCUGCUUCAUAUGAGGAAGUGAUAAGAGGGAUGUGCUUGGACUUUUCAUCUCCCAUAGCAGAAGAGGAAAUCAAGGAAGAUUGUGAUGAUGCUGAUAAUAGAGUUAUGCAAACACCUCGACCCGAUAUCUUUGGCUUAGCCACUUCCCUUGAUGAGUACUUUGAUGAGGUGCAGCAUUAGGCACAAGUAAACCGAUGAGUAUAU